AUGAAUGAGACGUACGUUCAGUCUGGAUAUAGUAGUAUUUACACUCCCGGCACUUUUCUUUCUUCUUUUGCACAGCUUCUCGUUGCGCAUCCUCGAGUCCAUGCCGUACGGCUUCAGACAAGCGAUAUCAUCUCUCAUUCCAUAAAACGUGAGAAAUGGGAACUGCCUUUACCUACAAUGCCCUUUAAAAGGGAAGGAGAUACUCUCAAAACCAAAACAGAGAAAUCUAUCGAAGAGGAUUUACUUCAUAUUGAGGUAAUCUUCGAUGAAGUUGACGAUAUGGCAAACCGAAAUGACACCAGUGAAAUAAAAAGCCCUAAAAGUGAUCAUACUCAAUUUCGGGAUUUUUUGCAACCACCACAAGGUUCUUUAUAUUCCUUCAAGAGGGAGCUUCGUGUGGAUGACGAUCAAAGGAUAAGGCACUCUAGUGGGGUGAAAUCUAAAUAUGUCAUUAUCGCUCAUGCAACCCGCAUUACAGCUCGAUGGUGCGCCCAACUACAGCGUAUUUUUUGCGUUGUUUCCCUAUUGCUAUGGCCCAAUCCUCCCGAGAAUCACGUUUCGGAGCCUCUUUUACAAACUUUCGAUUCUUGUUGGACGCCGCAGACACGUCCGUUUGCGCUUUUUCACGUAAAUUUGAGUCCUUUUGUCCCCGAGCUGCGGUGGGAUCGCGAGCUCGACGGCGUUCUCGGCUCCCCGCAUCACGUCACCCUCCUCCACCACCUGAAAUUACAAAAUAACGACCCCCAUACUUAUGAGGGUGAGGGUCUUUAUGAGAAAAAUCUAAUAAAGCCAGCUCGCGAUGGAAUUUCAACGGCCGCCCAUAAGACAGAAGUUUAUCCUUGUCGGGUUGCCGCCGUGUUGAAUGCGAAUAUUCCUCUGGGGCGUCAUGGUGGGCGUCGAAGGGCGGCGUUGUUAAUUUUGCACGCCCCAGGUGCAGCAUUGUACACCAUGGAAAGCGGCCCUAAUGAAAACAUUCACAACACAGCGGAACCCAGAGAAAAAUAUGAGAAAUUUUCCUUUAUGUUGGGUUUUAUAACGCGCUGGGUGAUUCCACGUGUAUCGCUUAAAGGCAUCGGAGGAGUUUGGGAAAACAUCGAGGCAGCGUCCACCGAGGAUGAUGUUUGUGGCCUCAAGGAAACCCUCGGAACGAGCUAUUACUUCCUCCCACAUCCUGCCAAUGAUCGCACCAACGACGAUUGCGAAGACCACGCGAGUACGGCCUUAUCUUUGCGUGUUCGUAAUAUCGCGCUGGUUCUAGAUUUGCCGCCAACGCUUUGGGAGCGGAUGUGGGAAGAGGAAAAAGACAAGGCCAGCGAAGAAAAGGACGCUGCUUUAUCGAUUUCUGAGCUUCAAACACCCUCUUUACUGCGGAGUUGUGCGGCCGAUCAGCUCGCGUCAGCAAUAGAGCAGACGCUUUUACUUCUCGCAACGAAAAAUGUCGACAUUUUCGCCUUUAGAAAUUCUAUGGCGCCGGACCCUAAUCGAAUCGACAGAUCGCAGCUUGAAGGCCUUUCACAAGGAAAUGAAAUCACCUCUUCAUCGUUGAUGGCGCCACGCAAUGCACGGGGGCAAUACUCCCGCGCGAUGUUGAUUCGAAGUAUUGCGGAGAGCCUUUCGGAAAUUAUUGCGCGCUCACCACAUGUGGAAUUUGUGCGAGCCGCCGAAAACUGCCUUUUUCCCUCAUCUUCAUCAUUAUCUUCUGAUCAUAAUAUGGUAAAGGAUAAUCCUAAGGAAGAGUUAACAAAAUCAGAGUAUUGCAACUUCAGGCGGCGCUAUUCACUCAAUGAACUACGCCAAGCUAUUGAAUCGAAGCUACAGAAUUGUUGA